UUUUUUUUCUCUAUCCUGUAUUUUGAAUACAUUUUUUUUUUUUAUCUUUAUACCUUUUUUUUUUUAUUGUAAUGUCAUCAUCACCGACUUCGUACUAUGCAAACGAUUCAAUAUCCUCUGGAAACCAAAGCUAUUCUGAAGACCAUCGACCUUCGACUGUAAGCACUGACUUGACAACUAUGGAACCUGGGGAUGAACUUAGGUCACCUUACUUGGUGAGUGACACGGACUCUGAUAAGGAUCUCGUUAUACAUUCUCUCAAUGAGUCUCUACACAUUCAUAAAGAGAUUAUGGAAAAAAUACAUGCAGAAAAGGAAGCUUAUAUUACACAAUUGAACAAGGAUAGACAACAAGAACUAGAAGUUAUGGAACGUACCAAACAAACACUUGAAGAACAAAUGGAUCGUUAUAACAAAUUGGAUGCGGCAUAUUCGGCACUAAGACGGGAAUUGGAUAGUAAAAAAGAAGAUUAUCAACGAAUGGAAGCAAAGUUUUAUGCUCAUGUCAAAUCGAUCAAAGCAACAGAUGAUGAUCUAUCGACUAUUCAACAUGAAAUUAAUCAUAUAUCAAGUCAACUUAAUAAUCUAUGUAUGGGACUCAAGUCAAAAAUGGAUGUACAAGCAGGAUCACAAUUUUUAUUCAGCAAAUACGAAUCACAUCAAGAUUCAUUCAGAAAAUAUUUGAUCAAGGAAGAGAUGGAAAAAGUAGAUCAAUUGGAACCUCGAUAUAUUACUAUGUUGACUGAAAAGCUGGUGAUGGAGAUAUUGGUUGAAUUUAUUUUUGAUCAACCUUUACAUAUUGGAGUAUCUGUCAAUGAAGCAUACAAGCAAGUACGUGAUUGGAUGCGGAGAUACAACGAAGAAUGGGCCCAACGAUUUCGACAACAAAUGAGUGCCUUAUUAGCGAAUCAAGCACAACAACAUGAUGAACGAUUAUCUAUAGAAGAAGCCAGUGAACAACUAGUGGAUCGAUUGAUUGAACAAUUAGGACAAAUUUAUCCAGAAUUAUUGAAUCAUGGUGAUUAUACUAAAAAUCAACGCAAGAAAAUUGAUAGUAUUGUGACAAGGACAUCUAGACUUAAUUUGGCAAUGAAAGGACAAGAUAUUGAAAUUAAGCAUCAAAUGAUUCAAGAAGGUGGUCAGACAACAUUUGAUCCAACAAUUAUGAAAGCAGAUGGAAAAGGAAAACCUGAUGGUGAUGUUUUAUUUGUUAUAUCUCCUCCUUUUUUAGCAUUAGAUCCUACUGAUAGCGAACAUGGUUUUAUUAUUCCUGGAAAAGUUUAUUGUGUAUGAUUGACAAUAAAAAAUUAUAUGUUUUUUAUGGA